GGGCGGAGUUUCGAAGGGGUGGGCCCCGUGGGCGGGUCCUGAGUGUGGGCGGGGCCGGGGCCGGCACCUGGGUGAGGUCGCUCAGCCCCGCCCCCUCUCACUUCCGUGUGCCGCGGCGCCAGAGCAGGAGGCGGCGGCCGCGGGAUCCCGCGAGCGGCCCCCGGACUUCUACCCUCAGUGCCGGGACCCUGCCGGUCCCCACUGGCCGCCGGGCCAAUCCUCACCAGGCUGGUGCUGAUCUCCCCGUCCACGCGCAUCGGGGAAAGCCGCGCCGCGAGACAGACCCCGGUCCUCCGGGACCCCUGGCGGCUGGCCCUGCGUCGGGAGAGGAAAACUCAUCCUGGCCUGGUUCCUUGCUAUCCUUCCCAUUCCCUCCUUUUCUCUCCAGCCAUUGUGCCCAAGGAUCCUGUGACAGGAAAAGCCAUACUCGGUGCCAGAUCUAUCAGGCUUCACCAUGGCGCCGUUCCUGCGCAUCUCCUUCAACUCCUAUGAGCUGGGCUCGCUGCAGACAGAGGAUGAGGCAAGCCAGCCAUUCUGUGCUGUGAAGAUGAAGGAGGCACUCAGCACAGAGCGAGGGAAGACCUUGGUACAGAAGAAGCCCACCAUGUAUCCUGAGUGGAAGUCAACAUUCGAUGCCCACAUCUACGAGGGCCGUGUCAUCCAGAUUGUGCUGAUGAGGGCAGCUGAAGACCCACUGUCUGAGGUGACUGUGGGCGUGUCAGUACUGGCUGAGCGCUGCAAGAAGAACAAUGGCAAGGCGGAGUUCUGGCUGGACCUGCAGCCUCAGGCCAAGGUGCUGAUGUCUGUGCAGUAUUUCCUGGAGGAUGGGGAUUGCAAACAGUCUAUGCGUAGUGAGGAGGACGCCAAGUUCCCAACCAUGAACCGCCGUGGAGCCAUUAAACAGGCCAAAAUCCACUACAUUAAGAACCACGAAUUCAUCGCCACCUUCUUUGGGCAACCCACCUUCUGCUCUGUGUGUAAAGAGUUUGUCUGGGGCCUCAACAAGCAAGGCUACAAAUGCAGACAAUGCAACGCUGCCAUCCACAAGAAAUGCAUUGACAAGAUCAUCGGCCGCUGCACUGGCACUGCUGCCAAUAGCCGGGACACCAUCUUCCAGAAAGAACGCUUCAACAUAGACAUGCCACACCGGUUCAAGGUUUACAACUACAUGAGCCCAACCUUCUGUGACCACUGUGGCAGCUUGCUCUGGGGACUGGUGAAGCAGGGGUUAAAGUGUGAAGAUUGUGGCAUGAAUGUGCACCAUAAGUGCCGAGAGAAGGUGGCCAACUUAUGUGGCAUCAACCAGAAGCUCUUGGCUGAGGCCUUGAACCAAGUGAGCCAGAGAUCUUCACGGAAGCUGGAUUCAGGACCAUCAGAGACUGUUGGAAUAUACCAGGGAUUUGAGAAGAAGACAGGAGUCUCUGGAGAUGAUUCCCUAGGUGAAGCUGGGUCAAAUACCCCCAUUAAAUCUCCCAUUCCCCAACAGUGCAAAGAAAGGUGCCAGUCUUUCAUGCCGAACAACAAUGGGACCUAUGGCAAGAUCUGGGAGGGUAGCACCCGCUGCAACAUUGAUAACUUCACGUUCCACAAAGUGCUGGGCAAAGGCAGCUUUGGCAAGGUCCUGCUUGCAGAGCUAAAGGGCAAAGACCAGUACUUUGCCAUCAAAUGCCUGAAGAAGGAUGUGGUGUUGAUCGACGAUGAUGUGGAGUGCACCAUGGUGGAGAAGCGGGUGCUGGCGCUCGCCUGGGAGAAUCCCUUUCUCACCCACCUCAUCUGUACCUUCCAGACCAAGGACCACCUCUUCUUCGUGAUGGAGUUCCUCAAUGGGGGUGACCUGAUGUACCACAUUCAGGACAAAGGCCGCUUCGAACUCUACCGUGCUACGUUUUAUGCGGCCGAGAUCAUCUGUGGGCUACAGUUUCUACACAGCAAAGGCGUCAUUUACAGGGACCUCAAGCUAGACAAUGUGAUGCUGGACCGAGAUGGCCACAUCAAGAUAGCUGAUUUUGGGAUGUGCAAAGAGAAUAUAUUUGGGGAGAACCGGGCCAGCACCUUCUGUGGCACCCCUGACUACAUCGCCCCUGAAAUCCUGCAGGGCCUGAAGUACACAUUCUCUGUGGACUGGUGGUCCUUUGGGGUCCUCCUCUAUGAGAUGCUCAUUGGUCAGUCGCCCUUCCAUGGUGAUGAUGAGGAUGAACUCUUUGAGUCCAUCCGGGUGGACACGCCACACUAUCCCCGCUGGAUCACCAAGGAGUCCAAGGACAUCAUGGAGAAGCUGUUUGAGAGGGAGCCAGUCAAGAGGCUGGGAAUGACAGGAAACAUCAGACUUCAUCCCUUUUUCAAGACUAUCAACUGGGUCCUGCUGGAGAAGAGGAAGGUGGAGCCACCCUUCAAGCCCAAAGUGAAAUCCCCCGCAGACUACAGCAACUUUGACCAAGAGUUCCUGAGUGAGAAGCCCCGCCUCUCCUACAGUGACAAGAACCUCAUCGACUCCAUGGACCAGGCAGCCUUCCGUGGCUUCUCCUUCGUAAACCCCAAGUUUGAGCAACUCCUGGACAAGUGAGCUCCCCGACCUGCUUUACACGCCAGUAGAGCAGGCCAGUCUGCCCUGGUUCUGCAUCCGCAUGCCCGUGGACAGCCGCGGGUGACUGGGUGUUUGCUGCUGCUGCCUCCUCACCUCAGAGGGUUCGGCUCUUGUUGCCUGGGCUCCCAGUACUCCCUCUGUGAACUGUUUGUGAAUUUGCUUUCCCUUUGCCGUCCGAGGGAAACUGUAAAUCCUGUGUUUCAUUACUUGAAUGUAGUUAUUGAAAUAUAUAUUAUAUAUAUGCACAUAUAUAUAAUAAGCUGUAUAUAUUGCUUAGUAUAGAAAGCAUGUAGGGGACUGGUAAUGUGUUGACUUUUUUAAAAAAAUAAAAAACAUGUAUGUGUAUGUAUAUGUUUAUGUACAUACUUAUACAUAUAUAUGUAUGUGUAUAUAUAUGUGACCAAAGGAAAAAGCACAAGCUGUCUGAACCACAAGGUUCUUUUAUGUGUAUCUAAAUAAACACUGAAUGGUACCAACCUGGCUAUGGGGACAUUUAUGUCCCAGGAAGCUGGUGGCAGGUGCUCCUGCCACUUUUAACUGCAGUCACAGACCCGAGUCUUCAUGCAAAUAUGUUUGUAAUUAGGGGUUUCCUUAUUCUCGAGGGCCCUGGGACUGCAGGAGCCCCAGAUGUCUCUGUGGGGUGAUGGUAGGAGGUGAGACUGGACAGAGAGGGUCAGCCCAGAAGUUGAGAGAAGCCGAAAGCCAGGUCUGAAAACUGGAGCCAAGGCUCUGAGUUGGGAGUCUCAGGGCUGGAGUACGUGCAUAGCGUGCAUAGAACUCUGGCUUCCAGCUGGCGCUCGAUCACUGCACGCGUGCGCACUGUUGGUAGAGCGCUUGCAAACAUGCAUGAAACCUCAUCCGCAGCAGUGCAUAAACUCGGCCUUUGGGAGGGGAAGCAGGAAGAUCAGGACUUCGGGUUCAUUCUCAGCCACACAGUGAGUUUCAAGGCCAGUCUGGGCUAUAAGAAACCCUGUCUCAAAAAUAAUAAUUUUAAAAAGAUUUAGAGGCUGCCCCCUGAUUAGGCAGGAAGACAAAGAAAGGAAAAAGCUUUUAAGUAUAUCUGGAUUCAAAUCCCAAAGUAGCUAUUCAGCAAAGAUCAUGACCCUUCAUUGUUUUAAGCCUCAAUUUCUUUCUCAAUUUCUUUAUCUGUGAAAUGGGAUCAGGGCAAGGAGGUAACAACUGUAACUGCACAUCUCUUUUGGAGACAAGACCUCUCUGUGUAGUCCUGACUGUCCUCAAGCUCGCUGUGUAGACCAGGCUGGCCUCGAACUCAGAGAUCCACCUGCCUUUGCCUUAUGAGUGCUGGGAUUAAAGGUGUGUGCCAUAUGCCUAAUUGUAACUGCACAUUG